GAAGAUGUGUGUCACUGUGUCUGCGGGGGUCCUGCCUCUGAGCCACCCCCAGCCCGCCCUCCUCCCCUGGUUCUGUGGCUCCCUCCCAGGCAGUGGCCCUGCCCCUUCCCUCUUCUCCCUCCCAAUCCAUCUGUGCGGGGGGAGCUGGUGCUGCGGCCCCCCCACCCCUCCCCAUCCAGGCCCCAUAAAUAGCAGCAGAGCCGGAGCCAGAGCCGGCGCCAGCGGCUGGAGCAGCAAGGGAGGGCCAGGGACCCAGGGCCGGAGAGAGGAGCUCCCAACUGAAACCCAGUGACAUGGCGGACCUUGAGAUGGGAUGGGUACCUGAGCCCCCAACCAUGACUCUAGGGGCCUCGAGAGUGGAGUUACGAGUAUCCUGCCAUGGCCUCUUGGACCGGGACACACUCUCCAAGCCCCACCCCUGUGUGCUGCUCAAGCUCUACUCUGAUGAGCAGUGGGUGGAGGUGGAACGCACGGAGGUGCUUCGUUCCUGUUCCAGCCCUGUCUUCUCCCGGGUACUGGCCCUUGAGUACUUUUUUGAGGAGAAGCAGCCCCUGCAGUUUCAUGUGUUUGAUGCUGAGGACGGAGCCACCAGCCCCCGAAAUGACACUUUCCUCGGCUCUACAGAGUGCACCUUGGGCCAGAUUGUGUCACAAACCAAGGUCACUAAGCCAUUACUGCUGAAGAAUGGGAAGACUGCGGGCAAGUCCACCAUCACGAUCGUGGCCGAGGAGGUAUCUGGCACCAAUGACUAUGUGCAACUCACCUUCAGAGCCCACAAGCUGGACAAUAAGGAUCUGUUCAGCAAGUCCGACCCUUUCAUGGAGAUCUAUAAGACCAAUGAGGACCAGAGUGACCAGCUGGUCUGGAGGACGGAGGUGGUAAAAAACAACCUGAACCCCAGCUGGGAGCCAUUCCGCCUGUCCCUGCACUCCUUAUGCAGCUGUGAUAUCCACCGGCCUCUCAAGUUCCUAGUGUAUGACUAUGACUCAAGUGGGAAGCAUGACUUUAUCGGGGAGUUCACCAGCACUUUCCAGGAGAUGCAGGAAGGGACAGCGAACCCUGGACAGGAGAUGCAGUGGGAUUGUAUCAACCCCAAGUACCGGGACAAGAAGAAGCAUUACAAGAGCUCAGGGACAGUAGUGCUGGCCCAGUGCACAGUGGAGAAGGUACACACCUUCCUGGAUUACAUCAUGGGUGGCUGCCAGAUCAGCUUCACGGUGGCCAUUGACUUCACUGCCUCCAAUGGGGAUCCAAGGAGCAGUCAGUCACUACACUGCCUCAGCCCCAGACAGCCCAACCACUACCUGCAGGCCCUGCGUGCUGUGGGAGGCAUAUGCCAGGACUAUGACAGUGAUAAACGGUUCCCAGCCUUCGGCUUUGGAGCUCGGAUUCCCCCCAACUUUGAGGUGUCCCAUGACUUUGCUAUCAACUUUGACCCGGAAAAUCCUGAAUGUGAAGAAAUCUCAGGGGUCAUCGCCUCCUACCGCCGUUGCCUGCCCCAGAUCCAGCUCUAUGGUCCCACCAAUGUGGCCCCCAUCAUCAACCGCGUGGCUGGGCCAGCCCAGAGGGAGCAAAGCACCGGCCAAGCCACGAAGUACUCGGUAUUGCUGGUUCUCACGGACGGCGUGGUGAGCGACAUGGCUGAGACACGCACUGCCAUUGUUCGCGCUUCGCGCCUGCCCAUGUCUAUCAUCAUUGUGGGUGUGGGCAAUGCCGAUUUCUCCGACAUGCGGCUGCUGGAUGGCGACGAUGGACCUUUGCGCUGCCCCCGAGGAGUGCCAGCAGCCCGCGACAUCGUCCAAUUUGUGCCCUUCCGAGACUUCAAGGAUGCUGCCCCCUCUGCGCUAGCUAAGUGUGUCCUGGCAGAAGUACCCAGACAGGUGGUGGAGUACUAUGCCAGCCAGGGCAUCAACCCUGGGGCUCCCAGGCCCUGCACGCCGGCCACGACCCCCAGCUCUAGCCCAUGACUGCUCGCUGCGGACCCACACUCCCUCAACCUCUCAGUGCCUGUCCUGACCCUCGUGACUUGAGUGACCAAUGCCUCCACCUCUUGGACCAGCUGUGCCCCUUGGGUUCUGGAAGUGAGUGGUGGGGUCUGCCCCAUCUCUCUAAGCCCUAUACCACUCACCCCUGUGGCCCCUCAGUGACUUCCUUUGGUGAUCCUGACUUUCUGGACAUUAAUAAAGGGAACUGCUCCUAGCACUUCAGCCUCUA